AUGUCUGUCCCCGCCUUCUCCGACAUUGCCAAGCCGGCCAACGAUCUCCUCAACAAGGAUUUCUACCAUCUCUCUGCCACGACCUUCGAGUUCAAGGACACCGCCCCCAACGGUGUUGCUUUCAAGGUUACCGGCAAGUCGAGCCACGAGAAGGCUACCUCUGCUGCUAUUGAGGGAAAAUAUACCGACAAGCCUACCGGUACGACAUCACCAUCUUUUCCUUCAACACCUUCUUCGUUUUCACCAUCUCCGUCUCCACCACCCAUACCUAAACCCCACCGCAAACAGAAUCUCCCCUCUCUCAGCGUCUCGCGAAUCCUCGGGCCUAAAUCAGGCUGGCCGGUCGGAUUUGCGACGUUUCUUCAACCUGGCUAUGCUCAGCUGCUAAUGUUCUAUUCCCGUACAGGCCUGACCCUUACCCAGACCUGGAACACCGCCAAUGCUCUCGACACCAAGAUCGAGGUCGCCGACUCCCUCGCCAAGGGCCUCAAGCUUGAGGGUCUCUUCAACUUCCUCCCUGCUACCGCCGCUAAGGGAGCCAAGUUCAACCUCCACUUUAAGCAACCCGGUUUCCACGGCCGUGCCUUCUUCGAUCUCCUGAAGGGCCCUGUUGCCAAUGUCGACGCCGUUGUCGGCCACGAGGGUUUCCUGGCUGGUGCCUCCGCUGGCUAUGAUGCUAACAAGGCUGCUCUGACCGCCUACAGCGCUGCUGUUGGCUACGCUGCUCCCCAGUACAGCGCUGCCAUCACCGCCUCUGACAACCUCAGCGUCUUCGCUGCCUCUUACUACCACAAGGUCAACUCACAGGUCGAGGCUGGUGCCAAGGCUACCUGGAACUCUAAGACCGGCAACGCUGUCGGCCUUGAGGUUGCCAGCAAGUACCGCAUCGACCCUGUCUCUUUCACCAAGGUCAAGAUCAACGACCGUGGUAUUGCUGCCCUUGCCUACAACGUCCUCCUCCGAGAGGGCGUCACCCUGGGUCUAGGUGGCUCCUUCGACACCCAGAAGCUCGACCAAGCUACCCACAAGCUCGGUGCUAGCUUCACCUUCGAGGGCUAA